AGGUGCCACUGGUGAACAGAGAGCCGAGUGGUUACUAAGGCAACCAGGGACCCUGCGGCCGAGUGCGCCUGCUCGGCCGCUUUGGCAGACAGGGGCAGGGCCUGGCGCGCGCACGCACUAGGAGGCGGAGCUAAGGAGUGGGUUUCGAGGCUCCGCCCCCGCGACGCAGCGCUGGUUGGCGCUCCUGCGCCGGAGCCGCUGUGCGUCUCGAGCUGGUGACUGGGUCCAGAAUGGCUUCGGACUCGGGGACCCAGGGGACCCUCUGCACGUUGGAGUUUGCGGUGCAGAUGACCUGUCAGAGCUGUGUGGACGCAGUUCGGAAGUCCCUGCAAGGGGUGGCAGGUGUCCAGGAUGUGGAGGUGCACUUGGAGAACCAGAUGGUCUUGGUACACACCACUCUGCCCAGCCAGGAGGUGCAGGCUCUCCUGGAAGGCACGGGGCGGCAGGCGGUACUCAAGGGCAUGGGCAGUGGCCAGUUGCAGAAUCUGGGGGCAGCAGUAGCCAUCCUGGGGGGGCCUGGCACCGUGCAGGGGGUGGUGCGCUUCCUACAGCUGACCCCUGAGCGCUGCCUCAUCGAGGGAACUAUUGACGGCCUGGAGCCUGGGCUGCAUGGACUCCAUGUCCAUCAGUACGGGGACCUCACAAAGAACUGCAACAGCACCGUGGAGACCUGGGCAAUGUCCGCGCUGAUGCUGAUGGCCGUGCCAUCUUCAGGAUGGAGGAUGAACAGCUGAAGGUGUGGGAUGUGAUUGGCCGAAGCCUGAUUAUUGAUGAGGGAGAAGAUGACCUGGGCCGCGGAGGCCAUCCCUUAUCCAAGAUCACAGGGAACUCUGGGGAGAGGUUGGCCUGCGGCAUCAUCGCACGCUCCGCUGGCCUCUUCCAGAACCCCAAGCAGAUCUGCUCCUGCGAUGGCCUCACCAUUUGGGAGGAGCGAGGCCGGCCCAUUGCUGGCAAGGGCCGAAAGGAGUCAGCCCAGACCCCUGCUCACCUUUGAGCAGGGCCUCACCUUGGCUCUGUUGCUGUCCUCCAGGGCAAGCACUUUCUACUUCCAGAGGGGGCCAGAGGGAUCUUGCCUGCCUAUUCUUUGGAGAGCUCAGUACAAGGCAGGAGCUACUGCUUUUUCCCUUUGCAAAUGAAAGUUUUAUUUUCAUAUGGAA